AUGGCAUCCAGGCAGUCCAAAUUGGAAGCAGAAAAGCUCGCAAUCAUCCAGAAAUCACUUUCAGGACGUGGACGUUCUUUGUCUCCUUCUCGUAACAAAAACGAAAGAAGCAGGUCGUCGUCUCGUCUGAACGAUGACAUUCAAAAAGACUUAAAAUGGCUGAUAGUGAACCACGACCCGCUGGAGCGGUUGGUCAAGGACGGCGAGAGCGCCAACGAAGGUUUGUGGGAGGAUGAAGUUAGUGAGGAAGAACAUAUUAGUGACGACGACGAAAACACCAAAUUGCAAUAUGACGAUACCGGUAACAUUUUACCCAAUUAUGCUUGUCAGGACGAUAAGAUGUCGGAAAUCUCGAUGAUUUUGGAAAACUCGAACCUCAAUGACCGGUCCACCAUCCAAAGAUUGGAAGAACUUACGGCCACCGAGCGAGCGUUUGCCAAUGCUAAAAACGCCGGUAAGGAGAUUGACCAGGAAGCGCUCCGGCAAUUGGAGCUGGAAAAACAGGCGCUCACGGGACAGGUUGUGGAUUUGGGUAGAAGCGACCAGGACGCUCAAGCCAGACGCCAGAAACUUGAAGAUUAUUCCACCUACAGAAAGAAAAUUAUCCACCAGGAAAACGACCCCAGUGCCAGCUUGCGCCAUGCCACCAAGUCUCCUGACGCCGACCAGGAAGUGGCAGAGGGAAAAGACGACGACAAGGACUUUAUGGUGCCAUAUACUUCUGCGGUGGAGGAUAAACUCGACUCGGAAUUUGCGUCGCAACUUAACGAAACCAUCCGAGAAGGCGAAGUCGAUUCCAACAAGGCGUACUCCAGGGUGAUCCAGACCAUCACUCGGGGCAAUUUUUUCCAGCUAAUUGACCCUCGAGUCAAGCCCAAGAUGUUUUUGGUGUGUAUGGACUUUUCUCCCGAGUCCAUCUUUGCCCUUGAGUGGUCGUUGGGAACGGUUUUGGUGGAUGGUUCCGUGCUCUUCAUCGUGUGUAUUAUUGAGGAAACCGAUACCAACCACCACUUGAAAGGAAACACCAACAAUGAAGCAGCUCGCGAACAAACCAGACUCAAUAUGCUCAACAAGGCAAAACAGCAGGUUCUCAAUCUUUUAAAACUCACCAAACUUCAGAUCCACAUCGUUAUCGAGAUCAUCCACCAUCCUAUUCCUCGUCAUUUAAUUUUGGAGUUUAUAGAUAAUUUGCAACCAACGUUGGUUGUGGUGGGUUCCAAAGGCCAGUCGGCCAUCAAAGGAGUGCUUUUGGGUUCGUUGUCCAACUAUUUGGUGACAAAACUGUCGGUGCCGGUGAUGGUGGUGAGAGAAAAGUUGAAGAAAAUCAACCGAUUCAAGACCGGAUCGUCGGUGUUCUCCAAUAACAUCAAACCAUUGACAUUGUCGGAAGCUCGUAUUGAUUAA